UUAUACCGUCAUCGCUAUUCCAGUCAAUCCUUACCGCUCUUCCCCCUCUUUCUUUCCUACCACCACCAUCAACACCAACACUUCUAGCGCUUAGGCGUGUUUGAACGUUAUGUCGAGCAUCAGCUCUGCCACAGAUUCGUCGACGAACUCGACGAGCUCUUUCGUCUCGUCGCUUGUCUUCAAUCUUGCCGUCUUCGGCGCUGAACUUCUAGCUUUCACCAUCCUACGCCCCCAUUUCCGCUAUGUGUACGAACCGAGGAGUUUAUCGGUUCUCGCAAGCAAACGCCAGAACCCUCUGACGUCGUCUAUCAUCCUGUGGCCAUGGGCCGUCUGGCAGGCCGAUUACCGCAAAAUUAAGGAAGUGAAUGGCAUGGACUCGUACUUCUUCGUCCGCUUCCUCCGCAUGCUCGUUCGCAUCUUCUUUCCUAUCUGGAUCAUCUCUUGGGCCAUCCUCCUCCCAGCUACCGCCGUCAACACCGGCGUAUCUAGCCACACUGGACUCGACCGCUUCACGUUCGGAAAUGUGGCGACUAACGCAGAAAAAAGAUAUGCUGCUCAUUUGAUCCUGGCUUGGGGCUUCACCUUCUGGAUUUGGUACAACAUCAAGAAGGAAAUGCAUCACUUCGUGCGCACGCGCCAGCGUUUCCUCAUCAGCCCCGCCCACUCUUCGAGCUACCAGGCCAGCACGAUCCUCAUCACCGGUAUCCCACUCAAAUAUCUCUCCGAGUCCGCGAUCAUGAAACUUUUCGCGCAUCUUCCCGGCGGCGUCCGCAAGGUCUGGCUCAACCGAGACCUCAAGGACAUGCCCGACAUCUACAACCGCCGCCUUAAAGCCCUCGCCAAGCUCGAGUCCGCCGAGACCAAUUUGCUUAACACGGCGACAAAGCGGCAUAACAAGAACUUGAAGAAGGCAGCGAAGGAGGCGAAGAAGAACGGUGGUAGCGGCAAUGUUGACACCAGCUCCGCCAUCGGGUUGAACGCUGAGGAUCCUGAGGGGGCGAAGUCGCUCGCGGAGAGACUCGUGCCCGCAGGGAAGAGGCCAUCCCACCGUCUGCCGUUGUUCUCCUGGAUGCCGUUCGCUCUGCCGCUCGUGGGUAAGAAGGUGGACUCCAUCGAGUGGGCCCGUGAGGAGGUAAGGGCGACGACGGCGGAGCUGACGGAGAAACGGGCACAGCUCGAGAAGGACGUGCAGUUGACGACGACGAAUGAGGCGAAGUACAAGGAACGCGACAACCAGAUCCGUGCGGGCAAGUUCAACAUCAACGUUCCGAACGUCCCUAUUUCGCUCCCCAUGGGCGGCUCGAAGGCAGCUGCAGACUUUUCGGACCAGACUUAUCCACCGGUGAACGGCGCCUUCGUGCUCUUCAACAAGCAGAUCGCAGCUCAUAUGGCGGCGCAGACGUUGAGCCACCAUGACCCUUACAGGAUGGCGAACCAGAGCAAGUGGAUCGAGUGCGCGCCGGACGACGUGAUCUGGGAGAACUUGGGUAUGAACCCUUACGAGCGCAGGAUUAGGAUGGCGAUCGGUUGGGCUUUGACUAUCGGUUUGAUCAUCGUUUGGGCUAUCCCUGUUGCGUUCGUCGGUGCUGUUUCGAACAUCAGCGCCCUCAGCAAGAAAUAUACGUGGCUUUCGUGGUUGAACGAUCUCCCGUCCACGGUCAUCGGUAUCAUCCAGGGUAUUCUGCCAUCUGUGUUGCUCGCCGUCUUGUUCAUGCUUCUGCCCAUCGUCUUGCGCUUGAUGGCGAGAUUUGAGGGUAUUCCGAAGCGCACAGGUGUAGAACUCAGCCUGAUGUCUCGUUUCUUCAUAUUCGAAGUUAUCCACGGUUUCUUGGUUGUGACGGUCUCGUCUGGUAUCAUCGCAGCUCUUCCUCAACUCGUGUCGAACCCGACGUCUGUACCAUCCCUCCUGGCUAGCCAGUUGCCCCUCGCAUCAACGUUCUUUUUGACCUACGUUCUCCUUCAAGGUCUCUCCGGUACCGCCGGCGCCUUCCUGCAGAUCGUCUCCCUCCUCCUCUACUAUGUCAAGCUCUUCCUCCUCGGAAGCACUCCCCGCUCCGUCUAUAACAUCAAGUACGGUGGCAGUACCGUCGCUUGGGGCACCCUCUUCCCACAGACUUCAUUGAUCAUGGUCAUCGCGCUCGGUUACUCUAUCAUCUCGCCCAUCAUCAACGGCCUCGCCUGCGUCACAUUCUUCUUGUUCUACAUGCUCUACAAGUAUCUCUUCCUUUGGGUCAAGGAGAUGCCCGCGAGCGGUGAUACCGGAGGGUUGUUCUUCCCCAAGGCGAUGCAGCAUAUCUUCGUGGGGCUGUAUAUCCAGCAGAUCUGUCUCUGUGCGCUGUUCUUCUUGGCUCAGAAUGAUGAGGGUAAACCGGGCGCUGUGGUAGAAGGCGCGUUGAUGGUUGUUUUGAUUGUGUUCACAGCAUUUUUCCACAACACGAUCAACAACUCGUACGGCCCGCUCAUUGAGUACCUCCCUCUUUCCCUCGCCGACAGGUCCUUCGGUCAUGAAGAGCGCGCCGCUGCCAUGGCCGCCGCGAAGGCCGAGGCUGAUGGCAGUGGCCCCUCCAAGAAGGACCCCAUCGACGAAGGCAUCAAAGCUACGGACUUCGCGGAUGCGAAGAACGGCGCGACGGUUGCAGAGAACACGUAUCCCCCUCAACCCUCGCCUCGCAACUCGCCGCGCGCUCCCGGACGGUCCAUCGAUGGCCAAGCGGACGAUCUUUCCAAUGGUGGCUCGCGUGCUCCUUCACCGGCUCCGGACCCCACCGUGCAAGCCAUCGCGGAAGACGAGGGCCCGACUGAUUUCCGCCAUCCUGCUGCCACGGAGGCUCAACGGAUUGUGUGGCUCCCACGCGACACGUUGGGUGUGAUCGAGGAGGCGGAGAAGGGACUGAAGGAGUACGGGAUCAUGUACUCGACGUCUGGUGCGGAGAUGGAUGCGAAGGGGCAUGUGCAGAUCGCGAAGGCGCCGCCAGAGGAGGAGAUGGAGGGAGAGAGGGCUAUGAGGGGACGGAGCGCGGAGACGGAGAGGUAUGAUGAGGAGUAUGAUGAGGAUUUCGGGGCGUCGAGGGUGCGGAAUUUGAAGGACCCGGGAGCGGGUGAGGUUAAAGGAUAUGGGGACGGAGAGGGCCCGAGUAGGGCGGAUGCGAAGAAGGAGACUUAGUGUGUGAUGUUCGGUGACAUCGUACACCGUUGAUGUGCAUGAUUCUUCUUGACCUUUUCUUCUCUGCAUGUCAACUGUAUUCUCGCCGUGCGACCUUUCCUUUAUGUUUCAUUCUCGACGCAAUCUUCUCCCCUUUUCUUCUCUUUUUAACAUUCUCUAUGUUACUCUAUAUUCAAUGCCUCUUUUUGCCCACUCUCCUUGUCUCUCUUCUUGCCAAUUAUUAUUCCUUUUCCCUUUCCCCUUUCCCCUCUCCUCCCCUCUUUCAUCUGCCCUUUCUACAAUCACGACGAGCCACGAAACGACCCACAGUUCUCGAUCCAGCCCCCCGAUAUUGAUAACUUGAAAUAUAUUUCAGUGAACCCGCUCUAGAUACCCUCCCUCCCUCCCUUUCCCUCCGUUCAUUCAUUCGUCCGAGUCCUCUUUUGUAUUUUGUGUACGUAGUCCGUAGUCGAUGCAGCAUCAUAGUGUACCGUGAGCUUGCGCAUGCAGUCGAGUAUUCUCGUCCUGCUAUUGCGCUUGUGAUUCCC